GUUAAGAAUCAGUAUAGUAUCGAUAUUUCUAUUGAUUUACAAAUUAGGUAGUUUUUGUCUUCAUUUUACCACUGGAGAACCUUUAAUUAAGACUGUCCAUAAACUAGCAGGAACAUCCAAAGUUUGAAUAACAAAGCCAUAGACGUACGGGACAAAGCGGACGUUUCAUAUAGGUAUUUCAAAUAAUUCAUUCAAAAGUAUUAAUGUACUUGUUUUAAAUCAAGGUGUGCCGCGAGGCUCACCUUAUGCACCCCCAUAGGUGCGUUAUAAUAGCUAUUGCUUAGCAAAUAAAGCGACUAGAUCCUAGAAUAUCCUUCAAAUCCUGUUUUGCAGAAUGCUGCUUAGUGAUAGAAAGACAUUGGAUACCAGCCCACCUAAUUGGACUUCUACAUACGACAACUAUCUAAGUAGCUAUAAACCGAUAAAAAUACGUAAAUGUAAACCAUGAACAGUCAAGAAAUAUUGUUCUUAAUUAACAUAAACAGCGAGAAAACAAGUUUUCUUCGAGUCAGUUCAAAACAAGUUGUGGUUUGAAACGCAAGUGUAUACUUAAAUACAUAAAAUGUCGUUUGAUAACUUAAGCGAGAGAGAUAAGGCUGUGCUGAGAAGCAUCUUCGACCCGACGGUGACCAUCGGCGAUGUGGCGGACGACGGUGACCAGUUCGAAGAUGAUGAUUUACCUACAGCUUCUGAGGAAUCCAAAGCUCUCUGCGCGAAAGGAGCUAAACUGGCUGAGGCGGGAAAAUUACAAGAAGCAUUAGAGGUUUUAAACAAAGGAGUAGAAGCUGCUCCAGACGCGGCCGCUGCGUACAACGACCGAGCGCAGCUGUUACGGCUUAUGCAGAAAGAUGAUGAUGCAAUGCGUGAUCUAGACCGUGCGCUCGAGUUAACCAAAGGACAGAAUAACCGCGCACGCGCACUCGCGCUGUGCCAACGAGGCGUGCUCUUGCGCAAGCUGGGCAAGGACGACGGGGCAAGAGUAGCCUUUGCUGAGGCUGCUAAACUGGGCAGCAGUUUUGCUAAGAAACAGGUGGUCGAAAUGAACCCGUACGCUGCUCUUUGUAACCAGAUGCUGAGUCAAGUGAUGAGGGGCGAGACAGAAAUCAAAUUGUAAAUUGUUGAAAUAAUUAGAUAUAAGAAAUGCGCUGAGCAAUGUCCUCAAAAUUUAUUACUGUGGAAAAAGACCGAAAGAUUGUGUUUCAAUCACUAAUCCGAAUACUAUGAAAGUAACCUACCGACCGCACUUUCGCUCUAUCUCUCUUCCACUGUGCUUGAUAAGUAGGUAUUCGUUAUUGAGUGUCGUAAAGAAGGUAGUAUAAAUAAAACAACAAAAUCUAAUGGAUUAGAAAUUUAUAUUGUUGAGUACAAUCGAUAUUUACUUUCGAAAAAACUCCAUUCUACAUCGGCGGGCGCGCCGCCUCUCUCGCUCCGUGGUGACCAUCGCUUCCAAAUCGAAAAAUGACAAUGUUACAUUUUGAAAAUGACGAAUUUAACGCUACAAAUCGAAAUACUGUUUACUACUCUAACAAUAUUAAUAGAAUAUGCAAUAAAAUCUCAAAUAUAUCGUUCCGUGCGGAAAUUUCAAAUAACGCUUUGGUAAGAAAAAAUUUACGCACAAACCGAUACACGCUUUAUUAAAAUGGUUAAAAUUCAAUUUUUAUUAUUAAAAUACACGUGUGAGACGAUUGCGAUAGAUUAAAAAUAAAUUAGGAAAGUGCACUUUUGAUGGAUCUUUACAAAAUGGCGUCGCGUUCAGGUACAGUGAUGGGUUUUUCUUGAAUUUCAUGUAAAUUUGGAAACUAAUAUAUGUACAUGUGAUGUUUUUCUUUACC